AUGUCUAGUUGCGGGCCCCUUGUAUCCUCGACCACAGCUCUUCAGCAUGCCUGCUCGCUGUGCCCGAAACGCUUCAAACGUCGGAGCCAUCUGGUCCGACACGCUGCCACCCACAGCCACGCCAGGCCCUUCGCUUGCCGACAGUGUCGCAGCUCCUUUCAGCGGGUCGAUGUGCUCCGACGGCAUGAGCUGACUUGUCUCCUCGGCGAUCGCGCCCCCUCCCGCAAGAGAGCCUGCAACUUCUGCACCCAACAGAAGAAGGCUUGCGUUGGUGAGACCCCCUGUAGCAAUUGUCGUCUCAAGUCUAUCGAGUGCGUCAAAUCCAGCCUGGCUGAGCAGAACUCUCAUCACCCUCAAGGGUCCGUGGAUCUAAAUGGCCCUUCUCCCAAUACUUUCCAGUCUCAAGAUGCCCAUGGGUCAGACACUCUGGUCUCCCCUGUAUCCUUUGGGGACGCAAGAUCGUUCUCGGAUCCGGGGAGCUCGACGCUUGCCUCGGACAUCUUUUCUUUCAGUCAUGCUGGCAACUACCCGUGGUUUGACCUCUUCGAUACAUCGGGGUCCCUGUCUGAGAUCUUCUCGUCAACAGCCCAAGCCCCCGGCACAUACUCGUUCGAUUUCUUGAGUAUUUUCACUAGCAAAACCGGGUUAAUACAAUCAUUCGACUGUGGGUCUCAUCGCGACAGGCUGAAAGUCGUUUCCGAGUUCUCGCGUAACGAAUCUGAGGCUGCAGACCAUCAGUCUCCAGACAACACGAUUGAUCCUAACUUUGUAGUGUCGGCCGUCAACCAGACUCAAAUCACUCAAGAGCCUCUCACCUUGAGAACCUACGAGAUUCUGCUCCAAAUGAGGAGUGCUUUCGGUAGCAAGCCUAAGAAUAGCGGCAUCACUCAAGAAUGGUCCUCCGUAAUGGAACAACAGUGCCUGGAAUUCUUUUCGCCAAAAAGGAUAAGAAAGUAUCUGGCCUUGUACUGGGAAAUAUGGCACCCCAACAUAAAUUUCAUUCAUCGGCCAACUUUUGACCCCAUGUCCUGCAAGUUGGGUCUGCUGGCUGCCAUGAUUGUUGUCGGCGCUUCGGUUUCACCAAAUCCUUCAGAUCUUGACCAGGCAAAGCAAUGGUACAGUUCUGUCGAGGAAAUAGUCUUUAAAGAUCAAGAAUUCUUUAAAGAUAGGAACACUGAAAACGAUACAGCACCCUUGGCGUAUAACAGCAGCUUGAGUGAGAUCCAAGCUCUACAGGCCGCAUAUCUGGUCUGUAUAUACCAGAACUGGGAAGGAACAAACUCCAGACCCACGGCUCAAGACUGUUUUGAGCAAAUGCAAAAAUGGCUUCAGCGAUGUUCGCUGUCAAAUAUUACCGUUUACAAUGCCAUCAGGGUGUUCUGCAAGAGCGAGAUGACUGACUACAUGGUGGGACAGUUUGCUGAUCUUGGCCCUCUGAAUCUAUUUGCGGUUGUAGCUGAUGCUAACCCUACCUUGAAAAGCAUUUCAUUCGCUCCUGUUUAUGCAGUUCAACUCGUUUGCAAGUGGGAACUGCAAGAGCGUCCACACGGCUCUGCAGAAUUGGAGAUUCGCCUGGGAGAUGUAUAA